AUGGAGAACGAUAUUCCUGAGCGCCGUGUCGGCAUAAUAAACGAUGAAGAACGCGGGCCGCAUAAUCAGUCUGUUCAUGAAGAGCGCGUGUCGUAUAAUCAGUCUGUUGAUGAAGAGCACGUGUCGUAUGAUCAGUCUGUUGAUGAAGAGCGCGGGCCGUAUAAUCAGUCUGUUGAUGAAGAGCGUGGACAGCAUAAUCAGUCUGUUGAUGAAGAGCGCUUUUCGUAUAAUCAGUCUGUUGAUGGAGAGCGCGUGUCGUAUAAUCAGUCUGUUGAUGAAGAGCGUGUGCCGUAUAAUCAGUCUGUUGAUGAAGAGCGCGUGCCGCAUAAUCAGUCUGUUGAUGAGGAGCGCGGGCCGUACAAUCAGUCUGUUGAUGAAGAGCACGUGUCGUAUGAUCAGUCUGUUGAUGAAGAGCGCGGGCCGUAUAAUCAGUCUGUUGAUGAAGAGCGCGGGCCGUAUAAUCAGUCUGUUGAUGAAGAGCGCGGACCGUAUAAUCAGUCUGUUGAUGAAGAGCGUGUGCCGCAUAAUCAGCCUGUUCAUGAAGAGCGCAGUCUGUGA